GAGAGCGAGCGAGCGCGCGGGAGAGACUGAGAGCGGGGUCGGGGGUGUGAGAGAGACUUUCAGAGAGACAGAGCGAGAGGCCCAGACCGAGGCUGUCCCUAGCACAGGCCAGGGUGUCUUGGGACUCGAAUCCCUGGGUUGGGCCGGCCGGCAGCGGGGCUUUCGGAGGAAGCGGGUGGUUUUCCCCGUCGUCCAUAUCUCCCCAGUAUGGGAAUGGCGGUCGCGCACUCUGGGGGUGGCGUCGUUCUCUUUCCCUGCUUGGGGGUGGCUUUUUUCAGCGGAGAAAGAGGAUCCCGAGACGCCCUGGGCAUUCGUAGCCGGCCGGGCUACACUUGGGCUAGGAUCAGUGUUCAACGGGUCCAGAAAUCACCGUGUCCUUGGCAUCACCUCCCUCCCCACCUCCUCUCCCACCACACAGCAGGAGACACAGUGACUGGAGGGUUUUCAAGGAGGACUGCAUUGCCCCUAUUGAAACAAACUGUCCGACAAACCCUUUCUCGGACGUGUGACAGAGAGACGGUCAUGAUGUGACAUAUGAGUAGACAUGCGUUUAAUGGGCGCUGUGAUUGCUGCAUUCGUGCGCAAUGAAUGGUCCAGGCCAUUUGUGUCCAGUAGCCGCACGAGCUGCAGGGUUUCGUGUUUGGAGAAGGAGGGCCUCUCCGCCGUCCACCUUGCUGGAGUACAGGCGACCUGGGCAGUAACUCUCUGCGCCAUCAGAAAUGUGGUGCUCUGAGUAGCCACAGAUUUCCAUCUGCAUCUCCAAUACCAUUUCCCUCGACUGACAUAUCCCUGUUGGGUGAAAGGUGUAACAGUCACUCGGCCUACACCCACAGUAUCGACCUUGUGAACCCAGCGACCUGACUGCCUUGGGUGAGUCUAGUCUGGGUUCUGCCCGCACACAUUCCUCGCUACCUUCUUCGUGUCUGAGAAUCUCCAGCUUCACCUCCUUUUCUGGACCCAAGGGCCUGGCGGGGCUUCCAGCUGGGACCAGACCUCCAUGGAUCCACUCCAGAAACGGAAUCCAGCAUCACCUUCCAAAUCUUCCCUGAUGACAGCUGCAGAGACUUCCCAGGAAGAUCCAGCGUCCUCUCAGCCUUCUUACUCAGAACAGCCGAUGAUGGGCCUCAGUAACCUGAGCCCCGGUCCUGGCCCCAGCCAGGCCGUGCCUCUCCCAGAGGGGCUGCUCCACCAGCGGUACAGAGAGGAGAAGACGCUGGAAGAGCGGCAGUGGGAGAGGCUGGAGUUCCUUCAGAGGAAGAAAGCGUUCCUGCGGCACGUGAGGAGGAGACACCGCGAUCACAUGGCCCCCUAUGCUGUUGGGAGGGAAGCCAGAGUCUCCCCGUUAGGUGACCGAGGUCAGAAUCGAUUCCGAUGUGAAUGUCGAUACUGCCAGAGCCACAGGCCAAAUCUUUCUGGGAUCCCUGGGGAGAGUAACAGGGCCCCACAACCCUCCUCCUGGGAGACGCUGGUGCAGGGCCUCAGUGGCUUGACCCUCAGCCUAGGCACCAACCAGCCCGGGCCUCUGCCCGAAGCAGCACUCCAACCACAGGAGACAGAGGAGAAGCGCCAGCGAGAGAGGCAGCAGGAGAGCAAAAUAAUGUUUCAGAGGCUGCUGAAGCAGUGGUUAGAGGAAAACUGAGACGUGCGCCCACAUGGGAUAGAGACCCAAAGGGACUGCUGUGUUGGCAGCGCCUGGGUGUGGGCCCAUUUUGGGGACCAAACACCAAGCUGUGGUCGGAUGAGUGCCAGGACCUGUGUGCCGGGACACAUGGGAAUCCUCCCAGCAUGAUGCUUGACUGACCCCAGGAAGGUCCUCAUCUUUCGUGCCUGUCAUUCUCGGAUGGCUGUGAGGCAUUCCUUGGCAAGGGACGCUGCAUACCAGCGGUCCUCGCCGCAUCUCACGUGGCUCCCGUGAUGCAUGUUGUUGCUUUCCCACCCGGGAUCUCCAUCUCUCUUCCCUUCCUGCUGUCAGUAAGAGAUCACAUGUCUGUGUAGUGUGAAUGCCUUGUCGCUGUCCUGUGCUUUUGCACCAUUGAGUUGACUGCCUCUGAGAAGCAGCACUAGGCCUGUUGAAUUGCAAUGUGCUGCCCUGAGAUCCAGUUUCAAGAAUGGGCAGCUAAACGCAGUGUGGGAAAGGGAUGUGGAAUGAGAACUUGGUGGUUCACCGCUGUACUGUCUGUGUAAUCAUUUAUGUAUGUGGUAAGCUACAUGUAUGUAAAUAUUGCAAUACCCCUAACAGCCGAGUAGUAUUCUCCCUUGCAGGAAUUUCUGACGGGGUUCUUCAUCAUCAGUACCAAAUAAAUAUAUGUAGGAAUGGAAAA